AAUGAUAAAAGCGUGGGUGCUUCGACGCGCCAUCUCUCUCUCUCUCUCGGUUCUUCUGGUGGCUGACUCUUUCUCCCACACACCACAAAGACAGCCACACACACAGCAGAGAGGACACACAGAAAUCGAAGAAGAAAGGCAAUUUGCAAACGCUGCUGCUGCCGCUGCCGCCUCUGUGUGUGUGUGUGUGUGUAUGGUGCGAUACACAGACAACUGGACAAGGCAAGAGUAGCAAUUUGCAAGAAAUACGCAGAGAGAGAGAGUAACAGUCGUCACCAGUUGGGAGCUAACCCUAGACUUUAUUCCUCAUAUCACCCUUCGUAUAAUUCUCUGCUCUCUCCCUCAUCCACUCUACUGAAGCAUGCUGGAUUACUAUGAUUCUCUGCUAAUCAUCAAAUCCAUGAAACAAGUUGGGCAGAGGCCACAGGGACAAAGUUCACCAGUUUAUGACCAUUACUGGCACUAGUGAAAAGGCUGCAUAUCAGGCUUUGAAGGCUAGUGAUUGGCAUCUUGAAGGAGCCUUCGACGCAUUCUACAGUCAACCCCAACCAAAAUCAUAUACUGAUGCUAGGCGCUUGGAAGAUCUUUACAACAGAUAUAAAGAUGCUUAUGCGGAUAUGAUUAUGGCUGAUGGAAUCACUCUUUUGUGCAGUGACAUUCUGGUCGAUCAUCAGGAUAUUGUCAUGUUGGUACUUUCAUGGCAUAUGAAGGCUGCUACUAUGUGUGAAUUUUCAAAGCAGGAGUUCAUUGGUGGAUUGCAGUCUCUAGGGGUGGAUUCAAUAGAGAAAUUGAGGGAAAAAAUACCAUUUAUGCGUUCUGAGCUUAAAGAUGAUCAAAAGUUUCGAGAGAUCUAUAACUUUGCUUUCGGAUGGGCAAAGGAGAAGGGCCAGAAGUCUUUGGCAUUAGAUACUGCAAUAGGGAUGUGGCAGCUGCUUUUUGCUGAGAAGCAUUGGCCAUUGGUUGAUCAUUGGUGCCAGUUCUUGCAGGCACGACAUAAUAAAGCUAUAUCGAGGGACACCUGGUCUCAGCUCCUCGAGUUUGCAAAGACUGUGGACCCCCAACUCUCAAACUAUGAUGUUGAUGGUGCUUGGCCUUAUCUGAUUGAUGAAUUUGUGGAAUACUUGAUUGAAAAUGGCAUAAUCCAAAAGGGUCAGUUGAGUGAUUGGACACAGAAGCAUUGAUGCUAAUAGGAAUGAGUGGUAUGGUGGAUUUGAGAACCGCGAUUACUGGUAUGUUGUUUGGAAAAAUCAAAAGGAAGAGAGGUUUUUUUUUUUUUUUUUUUUUUUGGUGUAUAAAACAAGAUACUGGAAAAACUGUGAUGUGGUGCUGCAGGUUGAGUGGAAAUUGAUAUGCUACAGUGGUUUUAUGAUCUUGGAAAGCAAUUGUUAUUGAUGUUGUUGGUUGGGCUCUUGCUUGCGAGCCAGUGAGUGCUGUGUAACACACACUAGCAGCAGCUGAAUCCACAGAUGUUUUGAGUAGCCGGCCUAUUGGCUUUCAGUGUUUUUUUUUAAAAAAAAAAAAAAUUUAUUAUUAUUAUUUUUUGAA